AUGACGGAGCCGUCAUAUCCGCUUGUGAUCGUGGUGAAGGAGCCAGCGUUGGAGGUCGUAAGGAGCAGAGCGGGAUCCAGUACGAUGACAGUUGCAGGAUCUCCAGAGACGGCUGGCGGAAUCGUGGAGGUCAAGGUCUCGGUACCGGUUAUGUUGGGAAGUGCUGGAGCCGUGACACCUGGAACCAAAACGACGGCUGUUGGGUCGCCAGAUGGCCCAAUUGGCAGCGUCGUCGUGAUUGUGACUGAGCCAUCGUACGUAGACGUAAGAAGGUUGGGAAGACCAGGCGCAGUAGCGCUUGGGAUGAUACUUGGCACUAGGACAACAGUAGCCGGGUCGCCGGAGGGGCCAAUGGGCAAGGUAGUGGUGAGAGUGACUGAGCCAUCGUACGUGGACGUAAGAAGGUUGGGAAGACCUGGUGCAGUGACACUUGGGAUAACACUCGGCACAAGAACCACCUCUGCUGGAUCGCCAGAGGGACCAAUGGGUAAGGUCGUUGUCAAUGUAACGGAACCAUCGUACGUGGAAGUGAGGACGUUGGGAAGGCCAGUCGCAGUGACACUUGGGAUAGCGCUUGGGACCAGGAUCACCGUUGCUGGGUCACCCGAGGGACCGAUAGGUAAAAUAGUCGUCAAAGUGACAGAGCCAUCUCCAGGUGCGGUGACACUUGGGACAAUGCUCGGGACGAGGACGACAGUAGCCGGGUCUCCUGAAGGACCGAUGGGAAGCGUGGUGGUGAGGGUGACAGAGCCGUCGUACGUCGACGUGAGAAUAUUUGGAAGGCCGGCAACCGCAGACGAAGGCACCAAGACUACAGUUGCCGGGUCACCAGAGGGACCAAUGGGCAAAGUAGUGGUAAGUGUAACCGAUCCAUCGACAUUCGGCAGACUGGGGGGGUCCGUGAUGGAAGCACCCGGAACCAGGACGAUUGUGGCCGGGUCUCCGGAGGGACCGGCCGGAAGCACGGUGGUGAGAGUGACCGAGCCGCCAUAUGUGCUUGUGAGGAGAGUGGGCAGUCCCGGAGCAUCAGUGAUGGUGCCACUGGGAACCAAGACAAUCGUCGCCGGGUCGCCGGAGGGGCCAGCCGGAAGAACAGUUGUAAGGGUCACGGAGCCGCCGUAUGUGCUCGUGAGAAUGUUGGGCAAUCCCGGAGCAUCAGUCGUAGUAGCACCAGGAACCAAGACAAUCGUUGUUGGGUCACCAGAGGGACCAAUUGGAAGUACAGUCGUGAGAGUGACUGAGCCGGCGUAUGUGCUUGUAAGCACAUUAGGCAGUGCUGAAGCGUCCGUGAUGGUGGCGCCGGGCACAAGGAUGAUUGUGGCGGGAUCACCAGAAGGUCCAACCGGCAAGACAGUUGUCAAAGUCACAGAGCCAGCGUACGUGCUCGUCAGAAUAUUAGCGCCGGUCUGGCUUGGUACCAAGACCACAGUCUCCGGAUCGCCAGAAGGACCAACUGGAAGGACAGUUGUGAGAGUGACUGAUCCUCCAUACGUAGAAGUAAGGAUGUUCGGCAAGCCGGGAGCAGAUGUCACGCUUGGAACCAAGAUGACAGUCGCGAUAUCUCCAGAAGGCCCGACGGGCAAGGUGGUGGUGAGGGUAACCGAUCCACCGUAUGUCGAGGUCAAGAUAUUCGGGAGACCAGGAGCGCCAGUCUGGCUUGGGACGAGGAUAACCGUGGCAACGUCUCCUGAAGGGCCAACUGGCAACGUGGUGGUCAGAGUAACCGAUCCUCCGUAUGUAGAAGUGAGAAUGUUGGGGAGACCAGGGGCCAUGACCGUCGCGCCGGGCUCACCGGACGGACCAGUAGGCAGAACAGUGGUGAGUGUAACCGAACCUCCGUACGUCUGCGUAAGGAUGUUGGGAAGACCCGCGGCUCCGGUGCUGCUCGGCACCAAGACGACAGUCGCAGGAUCACCUGAUGGGCCUAUGGGCAAAGUCGUCGUCAAAGUAACUGAACCACCAUAG